AUGCAGGGAUCCGCGUUCCAAAAGGACAACCCCAACACGGUGGAGAAGAGGCUGAUGGAGUGCUUGCACGCCUUGAACUUGAUCCCCGGGGUGGACCAGCCAUUUUCCAGAGCCUCCAGAACGGACAAAGGCGUUUCUGCGCGCAUGAACGCCCUGACCAUACGGCUGAGAAUUCGACACCCCCACAUGUCCCUACAAGACAUACAAAGAGUGUACGUAAAAGACAUCAACAAGAAGUUGAAGAACAUGCAGGUGAUUGAUAUCCGGAGUGUUCCCAAUUUUUUUGACGCCCGGCUAAAUUGCAUACAUAGGACCUACUUAUAUUUCUUCAUUGACAAAAAUUACAAUCUUGAGCGAAUGAAGGAGGGCUGCAAGUUAUUCCUAGGGGAACACGAUUUUUCUAAUUUCUGCAAGAAGAGGAAAAACAGCACAUGCUUGAGAAGGACCAUCCUGAAGUUUGAGGUCAGGCACAUGAACAGGAACUUCCACUACUUCAAAAUAAAGGGAACGUCGUUCCUUUACAACCAGAUUAGACACAUGGUCGCCGCCCUCUUCCAAGUGGGCACAGGGAAGCUGCAACUGGCGGAUCUAGCAAUAAUGCUCAAUAACCAUCCCUGUAGGGAUAAGAAUUUCAAAAUAGCCAAUGAAGAUGGGCUGCUGUUGUACUCCAUCAAGUUUAGCGACCUUAACUUUGACGUGAACAUUGACAACCGUGUGUUUUCACACCUGAUGGAGAAGUACAUACAGAGCGCGGUACUCUUGGUUUCUCUCUGCUACCCUUGGAAGGUUAAGCGAUCGAAUUGCGACUUUUUUGAAGACAUCGUAGAUGGAGGAGGUGGCCAUGGCAAGGACGAUGAGAACUGCCUUCCUUAA